CUCGCUUUUAGGCCAUAGCACAGCUAGUAAUAAAACAGCCUAAACCCGCCUACACCAAUCAACAAAUGCUUUGUGCUCCCUGUAAAUUUAUCAAGCAAGCAGAGGAAUUUCAUCUCAGUCAUACAGUCCCUUCGCGCCAAGACGGAUCAACCCUUCAUUUUCUUUUAUCUACAAUGGCUAUAAGAGAAAGCUGGGCUAAAAAAAUGGCAAUCUGCUUUCUUCUUAUCAUUCUCCUCGCAGCGACUGCGUCCUCGUUUUCUUUACAAGCAGCCAAAAUUGGUAAAAGAACGAAUGACUUUAAGACUCAUCUUCAGAGGAAGAUAAGAUUCGCACAAUGCAAAGCUGCAAUGAUGCAGUGCCUAACCCAGGGGGAGUACCCACAACAGGACUCUGUACCCCAGGGGGGUCUCCCACAACAGAAAAGUGAGUCCCAAGGGGGGUAUCCACAGAUAGAUGGCGAAGAAGCUGGAUCCUCAGAUUACGGACAAUUCCACUGAGUAACAAAGAGGCAAGCGGUCAUGGGCGACUACUUACGAAAGAAGUUGGCUAGGACAAUUUGAAAAACUUUUGGCCGAAGAAUUAAACAGGUUACCGGCUUGAAGAAUAGAUGCCUAAGCUUGAGCUAUAAUUUAAAGAUGAAUGGAAUGGAAAGAGCCCACUCGGUUGGGUUAUAGACAAGGCUGACAUAGUCGGAGAUGUUAAAGGCAUUUUUUAAAUGGAAUAAAAUAAAGUAAUCAGAGCGGUACUGGUAAAAAAAAA